AUGAACAAAGUUCCUGGUCUUUUCGUGGAACACUCGCAAAAGAUCGUGUGUGACGCUGGUUGUGAGCCGAAAUUAGACCUCUGGGACAAAUUCACGAAGCCAGAGGUUAUUGAGCCUCUAGUAGCAGAUGGGGCUGCCUACUGCGGAGUUCCAGAGGCCACGGACGCGGCUAUUGAUGCAUUUGAUCAGUUCUUUCAAGCCAUCAAGACCAAGUGUGGGGAAAAACUUGGAGCUAGCCAUCUAUGCGACCACCCCGAGCGAUUGCAACCUUUUAUGGACUGCGUUCAGGCGAACACAUUCUCGAGCUCGAUCAGUUCGCUACCCAAACUGCUUCCAUAUAUGUCAGAGGGCAUGUGUAAGAGUAUGAAAGAGUAUCUUUUGAGCGACCAGCUAUGGGACCACGAUUUUCCUAGGCAUGGGUCCAAAUAUGUCCACCAAUGCCAUGAGCUAUGA